GAUUAUUACGUAAAUUUAUUCCACUUUUGUUUAUUAAAAUUGAUCAAACCUUAGUAACUAGAAUAAAAUGGAAACAGAAUUAUUUAAUUUUAAAAAUUCAUGUAACAAUAAUGAAAAAAAUGUUUUUAAUCAAAUUAAUAAGAAUAACAAAAAAAAAUGUAGAAAAUCAGGUGGAUUUCAAGCAAUGAAUUUGAGUUAUCCAAUUAUAAAAGGGAUUUUAAAACGUGGAUAUAAAGUACCAACACCAAUUCAGAGAAAGACUAUUCCACUAGCACUUGAAGGUAGAGAUGUAGUUGCUAUGGCUCGCACUGGAAGUGGUAAAACUGCUUGUUUUUUAAUACCUUUGUUUGAAAAAUUAAAAACAAGACAAGCUAAAUCAGGAGCACGUGCUUUAAUUCUUGCACCAACUAGAGAAUUAGCUAUUCAAACAUUGAAGUUUAUUAAAGAAAUAGGAAAAUUUACAGGAUUAAAAUCAUCUGUUAUUUUGGGUGGAGAUAGUAUGGAUGAUCAGUUUUUGGCUAUACAUGGGAAUCCAGAUAUUAUCGUUGCUACCCCAGGUCGCUUUUUACACAUAUGUAUUGAAAUGAAUAUGAAUUUAGAAAACAUUGAAAUUGUAGUAUUUGAUGAAGCUGACAGAUUAUUUGAAAUGGGACUUGGUACACAAAUUAAUGAAAUAUUAAAUAGAUUACCAGAAACUAGACAGACACUUUUAUUUUCAGCAACAUUACCAAAAUUAUUAGUUGAAUUUGCAAAAGCAGGACUAGAAAAUCCAAUCCUUGUACGUCUAGAUGUAGAAAGCAAGUUACCUGAUGAGUUGAAACUUUGCUUUAUUACUUGCAGAUCUGAAGAAAAACUAGCUGUGUUAUUAUGUUUAUUAAAACAUAUUGUGAAGGCUGAUACUCAAACAGUAAUCUUUGUUGCUACUAUGCACCAUGUUGAAUAUAUUCAUCAAAUUCUUGAUAAAGCUGGUAUUACAAAUACAUUUAUAUAUUCUAAUUUAGAUCCAUCAGCACGUAAAAUAAAUGCAGCCAAAUUUAAAAGUGAAAAAGUUAAAGUUUUAAUUGUAACAGAUAUUGCUGCAAGAGGAAUAGAUAUUCCGUGUUUAGAUAAUGUUAUUAAUUUUAAUUUUCCUGCAACAAGCAAAUUAUUCAUUCAUAGAGUUGGUAGAUGUGCACGUGCUGGAAGAAGCGGUAAUGCAUACAGUAUAGUUGCUCCAGAUGAGUAUGCUUAUCUUUUAGAUUUACAUUUAUUUCUUGGACGUUCUCUCAACAUAAUUCCUAUAUCAGAAACAGAAAAUAUUCCAGAAGAAGCUAUAGGCAAAAUACCUCAAUCAAUGAUUGAAGAAGAACUUUCUGAAUUAAUAAUGUAUCAUAAAAAUAUUACAGAUAUUUCGAGUAUGCAAAAUGUAUGCAAUAAUGCAUAUCAACAAUAUAUACGAUCUAGACCACCAGCAUCAACAGAGAGUAAUAAAAGAAUAAAAGAAUUACAUAUUUCUAUAGCUGGUAUCUUACCAGAAUUUCGAAAUUCUAAUAAUGAUGCAGCUGAACUAAUUUCAAAAAUAAAAAGUUAUAAACCACGCGGGACAAUUUUCGAAAUAGUAGCAAAACCUUCUUCGGUGGAUUAUAAAAUAAUGAAAGAAAAAAGAAAAUUUCAUAAAGAAAAUAUCAUAAAUUAUCACCAAAAAAUUGAAGAAGUGUCAACUAAAAAUCUAAAUUAUAAAGCUAAAAGCCUGCAAUUAUCACCAAGUAGUAUAGAUGAAAUUAAUGAUACUUUUAGUCAAGUUAUAACUUCAAAAAAAAGGAAAAUAUAUGAUAUAUGUCAAAAUAAACAUAAAAAGAAACAAAAAGUUCUAAAAGAUGAUCAAUUUUAUGUACCUUAUACAGCUCCAGAUAGGCAUACUGAACAAGGAUUAGCUGUAAAUAAUUUUACAACUGAAGCAGAUAAAGUUUAUUUAGAUUUUACUGCUGACAACGAAAAUUCAAGACGAUUUCAAAAUCAAAUAAAAAAAUGGGAUAGAAAAAAGAAAAAAAUGAUCACGAUUGAAAAUAAUCCUAAAGCGGGAAAAAUUCAAACGGAAUCAGGAACUUGGAUUCCAUCAACAUAUAAAACUAAAAGAUAUUUACAAUGGAAAGAGAAGAAUAAAAUUGGCAUAAUUCAAAAUGAUGAUAAUACUGAUAAUGAAGUGUCAUUGCAAAUGCAAAAACUUGAAACAUCAGCAAAAACACAUUGGGCAAGGCAUAAUCAAAAAUUGAAAGAGAAGAUUAGAAUUAAAAGUGAACUUAAAACUCCUGAUCAGAUACUGAAAGCACGCAAAAUACUUGAAAGAAAGAAACAGAGAAAUGGACGUAAAAAGAAGGGAGGUCGCAGUAAUAGAUAAAGUACAAGGUUCCAAAUAUAUGGUUC